AAAACUAUUCAUAUAGAAUCAAUUGAAAACAUCUUUCUUUAUUACAUACAAUAUUGCAGUGAAUUUAAAUAUUUGUAUAAGAGACUAAUAUCAUUUAAGGAAGAACAUUUCCAUCUUGAUUCUGUACAUAAGUAAAAAUGGAUUACAAAGUAAAAGAGAAAACAACAGUAAAGACAAAAACAAUGGACACAGUGUUUGUUAAUGACACGCCAAUUACGAAGAUCAGUGAAACCAAGCACACGCAAAAAGUAUUAAAGGAGUUCGAAACGAUGGAGACUGAAUUAAAACGGCAAAAGACGGAAGUUGAUACGAUGAGAAAAGACAUACAGACCGUUGUCAAACAAAACCAACCAUCCCACGAUGACAUAUUGAAAGAACUUGAUGAUUUGAGAAUCGCACUUGAGCAAAAAGACAAGCUCCUUCGAUCAGCGCAUGACGAAAACUUUUUACUGGAAUCGGACAGAGACAAUUUGGAUGAAAAAAUUAUCAAACUGAAAGCUGAGAUCGAAGAGAAGGAUGCAACAAUCAUGAAGCUUCGUCAUAAAAUAAAGAAAUUUGACAAGUUCAGAGAAGAAAUGCUCACCGAUAAUAAAAAGACCAGAGAAGAACUAACUGGGAAACUAGAUAACGUAACAGGAGAGCUGGAGUUUAUACGUGGUGAGUUCAAGUUCAUGCAUUCUGCAAUGAAUGAACUAUUAACCGGUGCUAGGAAAGAAAAUAAUAAGAAGAAACAAAGUGGCUGGAACAACUCUCCAAAUACCCAUAAUACCCAAAAUGUAAAGCAAAAGAAGAAACCAUGAUAGCAAUACGUUCUUACUGUCUACAUAAUUUGUUUUGCUGUUUAGAGAACAUGUAUUAAACGAUGCCACGUAUGGCGAAUAUAACAAUCACUUAUAAUUAAAUAUAUUUCUAUGAUUUUGUCAGUUAUCAUAACUCACAAUUUGAAUUAAAUAAUAGAAGUUUCUUUUUCUUCA